AUGGCGACGGUCCUCCCGCCGCCCUCCAAGCGGCAAAGAAGAGAGCAAGCCGAGCGCACGGCCACGCAGCAGGAUGUCACUGCCCUCCUGCCCGGGCCGGACGCCGGAUCCUUCAAGGCGCGCUUCAUCGACGGCGACGGCCAGCAAAUGGCCGACGUGAUCGAGGUACCCCUCGCCGACGCCUCCGAGAAGAACGUCUCCCUCAUCCUCAACACCCUUCUCGGCCGCGAGAGGGACGACUUCCUGCCUUACCGCUUCCGUAUCCACAUCCCCGGCUCCGACCCGCCCCUCAUCAUCGACCAAUACCCGACAGACCUGCUCGCGCUGCUGCGGCAGCACGGCAUCGAGAAUGCCUUCGAGACGACCAUCACGCUGGCUGCCGAGCCGCAGAGCGUGUUCAAGGUGCAGUCCGUCACACGCGCAGCGCACAGGAUACCGGGCCACGGGCAGCCGAUCCUGUGCGCGCAGUUCAGCCCCGCCUCGAGCAGCCGACUGGCAACGGGCAGCGGAGACAACACGGCCAGGAUCUGGGAUACGGAGUCGGGCACGCCCAAGUACACAUUGAAAGGCCACACGGGGUGGGUGCUAGGGGUGUCGUGGUCGCCCGACGGCGCGCGGAUAGCAACGAGCAGCAUGGACAGCACGGUCAAGAUCUGGGACCCCCAGACUGGCAAAAUGCUCUCAGACUUCAAGGGCCACAAGAAGUGGGUGCUAGGGCUGGCAUGGGAGCCGUACCACCUCUGGCGCGACGGCACGCCCAGGUUGGCCUCGGCGAGCAAGGAUGCCACCGUCCGCAUCUGGGUCGUCAACACUGGCCGCACCGAGCACGUCCUGAGCGGGCACAAGGGCUCCGUCAGCUGUGUCAAGUGGGGUGGCACAGGACUGAUCUACACGGGUUCGCACGACAAGACGAUCCGCGUCUACGACUCGGUCAAGGGCACGCUGGUGCACGAGCUCAAGGCCCAUGCGCACUGGGUCAACCACCUCGCGCUGUCGACCGACUUUGUGCUGCGGACCGGCUACCACGACCACACCAAGAAGGUACCCGAGACGGACGAGGAGAAGCGGGCCAAGGCCAAGGAGCGCUUCGAAAAGGCCGCCACCAUGGCCGGCAAGAUCUCGGAGCGUGUCGUGUCGGCGUCGGACGACUUCACCAUCUACCUGUGGGAUCCGUCCAACAAGGGCACCAAGCCCGUGGCGCGCCUGCACGGCCACCAGAAGCAGGUCAACCACGUCAGCUUCUCGCCCGACGGGACGCUCAUUGCCAGCAGCGCGUGGGACAACCACACCAAGCUGUGGAACGCAAGGGACGGCAAGUUCAUGCACACGCUACGAGGGCACGUCGGCCCCGUCUACCAAUGCGCCUUCUCGGCCGACUCGCGCCUGCUGGUGACGGGCUCCAAGGACACGACGCUCAAGGUCUUUGACACGCGGACGGGCAACCUCAAGCACGACCUGCCGGGCCACGAGGACGAGGUCUUCGCCAUCGACUGGAGCCCCGACGGAGGCAAGGUUGGCUCAGGCGGCAAGGACAAGGCCGUGCGCAUAUGGUGUCACUGA